AAGAUGUUUUUCAUUUGAAUGACAGAAUUUUAUUUGGCAUGUAAAACAGGAGUUUUCAUGUUUAUCAGCUCACUAAUUCUGAACUUGUGACUUCUAAAAACUUGUACUUGAAUUUUUUUCUUUGCCUUAACCCAAACUUGAACUUGUUAAAUUACUGUAUAUUUAUUUGGACUCAGAUGUUGCAGCAUUAAAACUGAAAGUCUUUUUAACCAUUCUUUUGGAGUAGUCAAAAGAAGGAAUUCUGUAGUGCCAAGUAAAAAUAGUGUGAGUGGGAGAAUAGCCAGGCUUCUAGAGAUUAACUGUGCAGAGAGUAGUAGCUAAGUAGCAAAAAUUUCUUGUAUUGAGGGUGCAGAGCUGGGCUUGCAUUCCAUUGUCUUGAAGUGAUGUGGGGAUGAUUAUGGCUAGGUAGAGCGUGUUUGGAGAAUGAAAUCGAUAUUGUAGCCUGUGGGAUUCCCAGGCAUAGAGCUUUUUUGCUAUGUCCCACAAGUUUUAAUGAGUUGCUAUAUGUGUAUAGCUCAUGCCUUAUAUAAAUAGGUUAUCCACUGGGUCUGAGGAUGACCAGCAGCCCAAGGCUAUUCCAGCCUCCGGUACCUCAGAGAUAGCUCAGAAAUUUCUUAUGGAGAUAGUUUUAUGAGCAUUUGCCAUCAGAGCAGUGGAGGCAGAGAAAGUACAGACUUGAGCCUGAGUUAUGGUAAAACAUCCUCAGUUUUUAAGGAGAGAUUUAAUAUUCUGAGCUUGGAGACUUGAUUUGACUAUUGGCUUUUCAGAGUGAGGAAUAAUUUUCACUAUAUGGUUAGUAUUUGCAAUUGGGUAUAAGUAUGUGAAGAAAAGCGGACUCUAAUAAGGAAGAGUAAAUGGAAUUAAGUAGAAGUUGUAUCUCAGCAUUCUCCUUUUCAUACUUCUUUACUUUUCAUGUUGUACUCAUUCAGCAUUAUGGCGAUAGGAUGCCAUAAUUGUUUAAGUAUAGCAAGUUGGUGCUCAUGCUGACUCCUUUUUGGAAACUUUUUUGGGCUUUGUGGUGUAAUUUUUGGGGAUUUUCCUGGGAAAUUUGUAAGCAUACAUUUCAGUUGAUUUGGAGUUAGAUUUGGACUGAGAUUAUUAGUAUAUUUGAAAUUCUGAGUCUUCUUAUUUUCUAAAUAGCCUUAAAAAUAGAAAACAAUUCUUUAUAAACACUUAUAAAAAAUCUGGUUACAGACUGUGUUGUGAUAUACAUAGUACAGCCAAAAAUAUAUUCAAGAAACUUCCCCUCUCCUCGCCCAGUUUAGUAAGCUUAAAUAAGAAGAAAACAGGAAAGUAUUUUUUUCAAUAAAAGCCUGAUUUUCCCAGAAUAUCAAGCCUAACAACUGUUUGCUGUGGUGUUUUCCCUCUUGCCUAUUCCAAAUUCAACAAGCACUACAAGUGUCUAAUCCAUGGCAAAAACUUAACUCCAUUCGGGAAUUCUCAGAAAGGAGGUCUCGUUGACUGAUGAAAACUUAUGCUGGAGAAUUUGGCUGGGAAACAUCAGGUGGAUUUGGGAAGAGGAGUUUGCAGACCUGAAAUGGAGGUCACAGCUUCAUUACAGAAGGUUACUGGGCCAUCGGAUUGUGUGGCUACCUUGAACAGUGAAGAAUUUGUUUUGGUUCCUCAGCAUGCAGAUGAUGCUUCUACAAAAGAUGAAGGAAAACCUGAACUGAAGAUAGUUUCUAAUGGUGAUGAACAAUUGGAAAAGGCCAUGGAAGAGAUUCUGAGAGAUUCUGAGAAAGGGCAAAGUGGCCUUCUUGUUGAUCGUCUGAGUUCCAGUGAGAUCUCAGACCAUUCAUUUGGAGAUGUUUCAGCCAGCCAGACAAAUAAACCAUCUCUUCAGUUAAUUUUGGAUCCAUCGAAUACAGAAAUUUCAACACCCAGACCAUCUUCUCCAAGUGGAUUACCUGAGGAAGAGAGUGUUUUAUUUCACAAACUGACCUACUUAGGAUGUAUGAAAGUUUCCUCCCCACGUAAUGAAGUGGAGGCUUUACGGGCAAUGGCAACUAUGAAAGCUUCCAGUCAGAACCCCUUUCCUGUUACUCUGUAUGUGCCAAAUGUUCCAGAAGGUUCUGUGAGAAUCAUAAAACAAUCCAGCAAUUUGGAGAUAGCAUCAUUUCCGAUCUAUAAGGUGUUGUUCUGUGCACGUGGACAUGAUGGGACAGCAGAGAGCAAUUGCUUUGCAUUUACAGAGAGUUCCCAUGGUUCAGAAGAAUUUCAGAUACAUGUUUUCACCUGUGAAAUUAAAGAGGCAGUAAGCAGAAUUUUGUAUAGUUUCUGUACAGCAUUCAAACGUUCUUCCAGACAAGUUUCUGAUGUUAAAGACUCAGUUAUCCCCACCCCCGACAGUGAUGUGUUUACCUUCAGUGUCUCCUUGGAGGUAAAAGAAGAUGAUGGAAAAGGAAACUUUAGUCCUGUACCUAAGGAUAGAGAUAAAUUUUAUUUCAAAUUAAAACAAGGAAUAGAGAAGAAGGUUGUGAUUACAGUGCAGCAACUUUCUAACAAAGAAUUAGCUAUUGAAAGAUGUUUUGGAAUGUUAUUAAGCCCAGGUCGAAACGUGAAGAACAGUGACAUGCAUUUACUGGAUAUGGAGUCCAUGGGGAAGAGCUAUGAUGGGAGAGCUUACGUUAUCACUGGCAUGUGGAACCCCAAUGCACCAAUAUUUCAGGCACUUAAUGAAGAAACCCCAAAAGAUAAACGAGUGUACAUGACCGUGGCAGUGGAUAUGGUUGUCACAGAGGUGGUGGAGCCUGUCCGCUUUCUCCUGGAGACAGUAGUACGUGUGUAUCCUGCAAAUGAGCGAUUUUGGUAUUUCAGCAGAAAGACUUUCACGGAGACUUUCUUCAUGAGGUUGAAACAGUCGGAGGGAAAAGGCCAUACCAGUGCUGGAGACGCAAUAUAUGAGGUGGCGAGCCUGCAUCGAGAGUCUGAGAAGGAGGAACCAGUCACUCCUACUAGUGGAGGGGGUCCACUGUCACCCCAGGAGGAUGAAGCAGAAGAGGAGAGUGAUAAUGAACUCUCAAGUGGAACAGGUGAUGUGUCUAAGGAUUGUUCACAGAAGAUCCUAUAUUCUUGGGGAGAAUUGCUAGGAAGAUGGCACAGUAACCUUGGUGCACGACCGAAAGGGCUAUCCACCCUGGUGAAGAGCGGCGUCCCUGAAGCUUUGAGGGCAGAGGUAUGGCAGUUGCUAGCAGGCUGCCAUGACAACCAGGCAAUGCUGGAUAGAUACCGACUUCUUAUCACAAAGGACUCAGCCCAGGAGAGUGUCAUUACUCGAGACAUUCAUCGUACGUUUCCUGCACACGAUUACUUUAAGGAUACCGGAGGAGACGGCCAGGAGUCGCUCUACAAGAUCUGCAAGGCCUACUCUGUCUACGAUGAAGACAUCGGGUACUGUCAAGGGCAGUCUUUUCUUGCUGCUGUAUUGCUCCUGCAUAUGCCAGAGGAACAAGCGUUCUGUGUUCUGGUGAAAAUCAUGUAUGACUAUGGGUUACGAGAUCUCUACAAAAACAACUUUGAAGAUCUUCAUUGCAAAUUCUAUCAGUUGGAGAGACUAAUGCAGGAGCAGUUACCGGACCUGCACAGCCAUUUUUGUGACCUGAACCUGGAAGCUCACAUGUACGCGUCUCAGUGGUUUCUGACCCUUUUCACUGCCAAGUUCCCACUCUGCAUGGUCUUCCACAUCAUUGACUUACUGCUGUGUGAGGGUUUGAACAUAAUCUUUCAUGUAGCCUUGGCUCUUCUGAAAACCUCGAAGGAAGAUCUUCUGCAGGCUGAUUUUGAAGGUGCUUUAAAGUUCUUCAGAGUUCAGCUUCCAAAGAGAUACAGGGCAGAGGAAAAUGCGAGAAGAUUGAUGGAGCAGGCUUGCAAUAUUAAGGUGCCGACCAAGAAGCUGAAGAAAUAUGAGAAGGAAUAUCACACGGUGCGCGAGAGCCAGCUGCAGCAGGAAGACCCCAUGGACAGAUACAAGAGGGAGAACCGGAGAUUACAGGAGGCCAGCAUGAGAUUGGAACAAGAGAAUGAUGACCUCGCCCAUGAACUAGUAACCAGCAAAAUUGCCCUGCGGAAUGACUUGGAUCAGGCGGAAGACAAGGCCGACGUGCUGAAUAAGGAGCUGCUCUUGACCAAACAGAGGCUGGUGGAGAUUGAAGAAGAGAAGAGGAAGCAGGAGGAGGGGGCCGCGCAGCUAAAAGAGGUCUUUAGGAAACAGCUAGAGAAGGCAGAGUAUGAAAUCAAGAAGACGACAGCUAUCAUUGCUGAAUAUAAACAGAUCUGUUCCCAGUUAAGCACCAGACUGGAGAAGCAGCAAGCAGCCAGCAAGGAGGAACUGGAAGUGGUGAAGGGUAAAAUGAUGGCAUGUAAACACUGCAGUGACAUUUUCAGCAAGGAGGGUGCUUUGAAACCAGCAGCCGUAAACAGAGAGGACCAGGGACUCGAGUCGGACGAUGAGAAGGACUCACUUCGGAAGCAGCUGAGGGAGAUGGAGCUGGAAUUGGCACAAACCAAACUGCAGCUGGUGGAGGCCAAGUGUAAAAUCCAGGAACUUGAACAUCAGAGAGGGGCCCUUAUGAAUGAAAUCCAAGCUGCAAAAAACUCUUGGUUUAGCAAAACCCUGAACUCGAUCAAAACGGCCACAGGCACCCAGCCCCUGCAGCCGCCACAGGCCACCCAGCCACCCAAGGAGAGCACAUAGUUCCAGCCUCACCCCAGCACAAGAGCACAACGAUCAAGGUGAUGGAAACCCAGGGGACCUCUCCCUGGUGUCCCUUUGAAGGAAAGCAAAGGAGGCCAGAAAGCAAGCCAGAUCUUUCAGUAGCUCUCUUUCUUGUAUGACACUUUUCAAAGGGAUAUUAUUUAAGCUGACCUGAUUUAUGUUGAAUACCUGUUUUCGAGCUUCUUCAUGGAAGGUCAUGUUCAGAUCCAUCAUAGCAUUAUGCAUUAUUUUAUAUGCCUGAUGUUUAGUUGGAAGUAAGUCAUUCAGAACUAAAUGCUUUUUAUUUAGAACUAACUAUUCAUAAUUAUUUUUAUCUUACAUAAAAAUGGAGAUGUCUUUUAUUCCAAGGUUGAAGUGAUAGGAAGAUAUCUGUCACAGAAAAAACAAAAAAAUUGAAGGCGGGCUGAGUGGCUCAGUUGGUUAAGAGCUCGCUCAAGAGUGU